GUUUUAAGCCUCUCAGAGUGGCUUUUAUUUUCUCUCCUUUUGUCUUUUAUAUAUUGCGAUCUUUGAUCCCAUCCAACGAACAUAAUGUCAAUGUACAAACUUAGCUUUUCCCCCUUUAAAAUAACAAUCAUGAAAACAUUUCUCAAGACUUAUAGCUAGUAGCACCAACAGUUCCAUAACCCUCUCUCUAGCUUCCUUCACUCACUUAAUUGUGACAAUCCCAAUUCAAUUCCCAUCAGAAUGAUGAACUUUCAAGCAUGUUCAAACACCAUCUCAAACUUGUUCUAUGUUUGUUUUGUCCUUUUACCAACCAUGGCCUUAGGAGAUUGCACUUGUGACACAAUAGAGGCCACAAAGAGUGACUCAAUUGAAGUCCUCCACUACAAAAUUGGCUCAAUUGCUUCUGUGCUUGUUGCUGGGGCUCUUGGGGUGAGCCUCCCAUUGUUGAGCAAGAGAAUCCCAACACUUAACCCCAAGAAUGACAUAUUCUUCAUGGUUAAGGCCUUUGCUGCAGGGGUGAUUCUUGCAACUGGGUUUGUGCACAUACUUCCAGAGGCAUAUGAGAGCCUAACUUCACCUUGCCUUAAGGAAAAUCCAUGGGGCAAGUUUCCCUUCACUGGAUUUGUUGCCAUGUUGUCCUCCAUAGGGACCUUAAUGGUGGACUCAUUUGCCACAGGGUUUUAUCAUAGGCAACAUUUUAACCCCUCUAAGCAGGUUCCUGCUGAUGAUGAGGAAAUGGGAGAUGAACAUUCUGGUCACAUACAUGUUCAUACACAUGCCACACAUGGUCAUGCUCAUGGAUCAGCUGUGUCCUCUGAGGGUUCAAUUACAUCUGAUGUAAUAAGGCAGCGCAUCAUAUCACAAGUGUUGGAGAUAGGAAUAGUGAUCCAUUCAGUGAUCAUUGGAAUAUCAUUGGGUACUGCAGGCAGCAUUGAUACCAUAAAGCCUCUCCUCGUGGCCCUGUCUUUCCAUCAAUUUUUUGAGGGUAUGGGGCUUGGUGGUUGCAUAUCUCAGGCAAAGUUUGAGUCCAAGUCUAUGGCAAUUAUGGCAACCUUUUUCUCACUGACAACCCCAAUUGGGAUAGCAAUUGGAAUGGGGGUGUCAAGUGUGUACAAAGAGAAUAGCCCUACUGCUUUAACUGUUGAAGGGAUUUUCAAUUCUGCUUCUGCUGGAAUUUUGAUUUACAUGGCAUUGGUGGAUUUGCUAGCAGCUGAUUUUAUGAGCCCAAGGUUGCAGAAAAAUUUGAAGCUCCAACUAGGGGCAAAUAUUUCCCUUCUCUUAGGAGCAGGUUGCAUGUCUCUAUUGGCCAAAUGGGCUUAAUUUUGGUGUUUUACUUUAUUAAUGGUUAAAUAUAUCUCUCAUAAUUAUUAAAUAUACUUUCUUUCUCUA